CGGAAAACACCGUCGCCUCACAAGGCAAGAGAGCGUGGAGCGGCGAAAUUCCUCGCCGGCCUGCCAUCGCGCGGCAACUUCUCCUCCAGCUCCAUCUCUUCCAACCUGGGAGGCCUUAGGGUUUACGUCUGCGAGCACGACACGAAUCCUCCAGAGGGACAAGUAAUCGAGACAGAUACCACAAAUAUCUUAAUCAGACAUCUCCAACUAAAGAAAAAGGAGAGUGAGGCCAAAGACACAGGUUCUCGGACUCCAGGGGAAAGCAGCAAGGGAAAAAGAUCGGCUGCCAGAAGUUUGGAUGUGCAAAAUUCAUCAAAAAAGCCCAACUUGGGUAGUUCUUCUGGACUGCCUUCCUCUGAAGAAGCAAUAUCUGGCUUUUCACAGCAUACACUGCAAUCCUUCACUGUAGAGAGGUUGCGUGCACUUCUUCGACAAAGAGGCUUCACAACCAAAGGGAAAAAGGACGAGCUGAUCACUCGCUUAAGAGAGUCACAGAGUUGAUAUCAAUCUCAAGUUUCUGCCUUUUGUGUGGUUAGACUUGCAAUGUAAAACGCCGGUGAGAGCUGAAUGGCUAUCAGGUGUACUUGUUGAUUGUCUGUACGUUGUUUUAUGAAUCAAGGAUUAAGGUGAUGUAGUGAUCUACUCAUGUUCAGUAUUGAGAGCUUAUGAUGAGUUGUUGCAGUGAACUUUAACUACUUUA